AUAAUUUAUUUGAUUCCAUAUUUCGAUUCCUACAAAAUGUGAAUUAAUUGGCCUAAUGGUGACCUCCCAGGGUACUGAAUUGGAACCAUGCCAACUAUCGUUCAUUGGUCGCUUUUUUCUCCGUUGUCAAGAGGAGCUUGGAUGGGGAAGCCAUUUUGUCCUCUAGAAAUAAACAGCUUUGCGUGGUUUUUGAUGGAGCUGCAUAACUUCAUGUUUUACAAGCAGAAUUGUUAAGCAAUCUAAAAACAAAAGAGUUAGGAGACGGAUUGACAGUUCGUGCAUCUCAAGUUACCCUAAACACCAUACCUUUACCAAUGCUGAAUCUUACAUGAAGAGGUUGUUGCUGUUGUAUCAAAUUGAAAUCAAGCUUGAUAAUUAACCUGUUGACUACUGCUUAGUGAAAUUCCUAUAGGCGUAAUACGGAGACCACCAGGUUAAGACAAGAAUUAGUCAGUCCUGGUUGAUAGAUUAACUUUUGCUGUAUUUCUAAUUGCCCAAUCUGAUGAUUCUAACAAGCUGACAAUCUGCAGUUGACUGAUCCAUCAGAAACAUAGCUGGAAGACAAUACAGUACAUUGCAGUAACAAUUACUGAAUGAAUUAUGCAUGUGACAGAACCAGACGAUGUAUGAAUGCUAGCUAAAAAAUUGAUUGCAUUUACGCUUGCAUUUAAAAUAACUGGUCAGCUUUUAGCCAAACCAUUUCCACUUGGAAAUUUAUAUUGUCAACGGUGGAACAUUACUGUUAAUGAAUAAUAUAGAAUUCUUACAAUAACCUUCACCUCUUUGCAGUUACUUAAGAACCUCUAAGUAUUUUUGGUGGAAUAUCUUAAUCUAACCAAGAAUCAGUACAGCAGAAUUCUUGCCUGUGUAUAUGUAAUAGAACCAGCCAAUGUAUGAAUGCUAGCUAAAGCAUAGAUUGCAUUUUGAAUAACUGGCUGGCUUAUAGCCACACCAUUGCAAUCUGGAAAUUUUCUAUUGAGUUGGAUGUUAAAGGUGAAACAUUACUGGUCGUGAAAUCGAUCUUCGAAUUAUAUAAAAUUCUGACGAUCACUUUUUCCUCUUUGCAGCUUAUACUGAAAAAUCUCUACUGAGUUGGGUAUUUUGGGGGGAAAUCAGAAUCUAACCGGAAAUCAAAAUGUUUAACGUUUUAUUUCAUUCCUUGACUGGUGGAUUUGAAAUUUCAAUAUUAUUCAUUUCUAUCAUUCUCCUGAAUCUAUAUGGAUGUAAAUCCACACAAUUAUCUAAAAUAGAAGGGCAACAAGCUAACUUGAUGAAGGUGAAACAUUACUGUUCAUGAAAUCAAUCUUCGAAUUAUAUAAAAUACUGACGAUCACUUUUUCCUCUUUGCAGCUUAUACUGAAGAAUCUCUACUGAGUUGGGUAUUUUUGGGGGAAAUCAGAAUCUAACCAGAAUUCAAAAUGUUUAACGUUUUAAUUCAUUCCUUGACUGGUGGAUUUGAAAUUUCAAUAUUAUUAAUUUCUAUCAUUCUCGUGAAUCUAUAUGGAUGUAAAUCCACACAAUUAUCUAAAAUAGAAGGGCAAGAAGCUAACUUGAUUUUCCCAUACCCAUGUGAUAGUACAGAAGUCACAUUACAGCAUUCGUACAGAGUCCCAUUUUAUCGCUCUUCAGAUGGGUCAUCACUGUCUUUGUCACAAGAUCAGGUACAAAGGCUUCAGGUUCAAAACAGAAAUAAUACUGACAAUUGUUAUCUGGAGUUUACAAUAAAUAAUCUACUGAGCAUUGAUCAAGGGACAUACAUUUCGUCUGUAUACAAGGAUGGGGAGAUACUAGUUGAACAAACACACAGGAUUUGGCUACAGGUUGAUUUUCCUCCUGGUAAGGCAUCAUGUGUUGUGAGUGAAGAUAAGGGUGGAGACUGGGUCUCAAUAGACUGUACAGCUAAUAUUGGGAGUCUAUCAGGAGAGUUUGAAUGCUAUCAGGAUGGUGUAUGGAUGCCUCCCCUAAGCGAUCCUUCUCAUACCAACACUUUAUUAAAACAGACCAUUCUCAUCAAAAAAUCACAGCCAGUAUUUUGUUGCUCUUCUACUUUGGAUGAAUACAAAGAAAGAUGUGAAUGUAAGGAUACUGGUCUGUACAUAACUGAUGAUGUUAGCAAUAACCCUUGUCCUCCUUUAUCAGAAAUUACAACAAUGCCUCUUCUUUCCACUCUUACAGAAAACAAUCAAAGUGAUUACUAUUCCACUAUGACGUCCUCCAUACCAAUUAAUACGAAACAUUGCAAAUCCAACAAAGGUGUAAUCAUUCUGUUAAUUCUCUUGCCUAUUGAAGUUAUAGUGCUAAUCUUGAGUUUGUUUUUCCACUAUAAAAUUAAAACAAAGAUCAGAAAUGAUAAUAACGGUAAAGAUCGUCCCAUUCCUCUACAAUUGAAUACAUCACUACUUAACGGUCAGAAGAUGGAAAAUGGAUCAAGAAAAAAUAGUGAGUCAGUGUAAAUUCUACAAUACUUUGAAGAACAUUCAAUUUUGGGAAUCAUUACAUUAAAGUGAAGAAAAAAUGCUCCAAUGCACUUAAUGAAGAGUCCAAACGAAUUUAUGAAGAUCUCAUACUGAUUUUAUGCUCAAUUUUUGAAUUGAAUUGAAAAGUGAGAUAAGUAAUAGAGUAUAAACACUAUUUGUAUCUAACUGGAAUCCUCUUAAUUCUAGAAAAUCGUAAAUCACCUUAAAAUUAGACUAUUCUAUGGAGGAAGAUAAUUUACAAUUUGAAAAAUUUGAAUAAAAUUACCCAUAGUUUACUGAGACUGAACAAUAAGAACACUGAACAAAAAUACUAGCUUUGUCUGAAUGGCUUCCAUUCAAUGAGUUAGGAUUGUAAAUACAAGUUUUUGUUGUAGAAAGACACUUGGAUACUGUGUUACAUGAACUUCAAUGUUUUUGAAUAACUAUUAUGCUCUUUUAUGAUGUCUCAAUGAGUCAGGAUUGUAAAUACAAGUUUGUGUUGUACAACCACACUUGGAUAAUAAGUUACAUAUACUGCCAAUGCUUUUUUUAGAUUACUAUUAUGCUCUUUUAUGAUGUCUUCCAUUCAAUGAGUCAGGAUUGUAAAUACAAGUUUUUGUUGUCCAAAGACACUUGGACACUGAGUUACAUGUUCUUCAGUGUUUUUGAAUUAUUAUGAAUGCUCUUUUGGGAUAUCUUCUAUUCAAUGUGUCAGGAUGAUAAAUACAAGUUUGUUUUGUCCAAAGACACUGGGAUACUGUGUUACAUGAACUUCAAUGUUUUUAAUCACUUUUAUGAUCUUUUACGAUGGCUUCUAUUCAAUGAGGUCAGGAUUGUAAAUACAAGUUUUUGUUGUCCAAAGACACUCGAUACUGUAUUACAUGAACUUUAAUGUACUAUUAUGCUCUUUUAUGAUGUCUUCCAUUCAAUGAGGUCAGGAUUGUAAAUACAAGUUGUUGUUGUCCAAAGACACUCGAUACUGUAUUACAUGAACUUUAAUGUACUAUUAUGCUCUUUUAUGAUGUCUUCUAUUCAAUGAGGUCAGGAUUGUAAAUACAAGUUGUUGUUGUCCAAAGACACUCGAUA